GUGCAUCAUCAGAAUUACUACCUAGACACACAGUUUUCAUAUUCAUCAUUCUACCUAAUCUCCUUUGCUUAUUUUUUAACCCCCAUUUUCUCUCUUUCCUGCCCCUCAAACCGUUUGAUGUUCAUCAACUGUCUUAAUCUUCUCUUCCCCUCAAACCAAACAUCAAAGCCACCUCUUUUUAUUUGUUUUCCGUACUGAUUGCGUCGAUUUUUCAUUUCUUCAACGAACUGAUGCUCACUCAGAAUUGCAUAUAAAUGAGGAGGAAAGGAGGGGGGAUGUGUUAAAGCAUCAAGCCAAGACAACCCUUUAUUCCUUCUCUUGGUAUUAGCCCGGAAAGAAGUCUACCCAUCAGAGGAUAGGGCGUGAAUUUGGUAAAUUUAUCUGCUUUUUGGGAUUUGGGAUUCUGGGAAGAUGGAGUUGGAUAGCUUGGAUUGUUUGACAUCCUCAGAUUUGAUUGGCAAUGAUGAGAUCAAUCCCCUUCUUCAACCCCUUCUUCAUCAUCAGUUCCCUUCCUUGUCAAAGCCUCAUGGUAAUAGUAAUAGCAGCAGUGCUGUGUCGUCAGCGGUUCAUCCAGGCACCACCAGUGUCCACGAACUCCUUGAAUGCCCCGUUUGUACAAAUUUGAUGUACCCUCCAAUUCACCAGUGCCACAAUGGGCAUACACUCUGUUCAACCUGUAAAACAAGGGUACAUAACCGAUGCCCCACAUGUAGGCAGGAGCUUGGUGAUAUAAGGUGUCUAGCACUGGAGAAAGUAGCUGAAUCCCUUGAACUGCCUUGCAAAUAUAUGUUGCUUGGAUGCCCAGAGAUCUUCCCCUACUACAGUAAACUCAAGCAUGAGUCCAUAUGUAACUUCAGGCCAUACAACUGCCCAUAUGCUGGAUCAGAGUGCUCUGUUGUUGGUGAUAUCCCAUUCCUCGUUGCUCACCUGAGGGAUGAUCACAAGGUUGACAUGCAUUCUGGAUGCACAUUUAACCAUCGUUAUGUGAAGUCUAAUCCACGGGAAGUAGAAAAUGCCACAUGGAUGUUAACUGUAUUCCAUUGUUUUGGCCAGUAUUUCUGUCUUCAUUUUGAAGCCUUCCAGCUUGGAGUGGCCCCCGUUUACAUGGCAUUCCUCCGUUUCAUGGGUGAUGAGAUUGAAGCCCGGAACUACAGUUACAGCUUAGAAGUUGGGGGCAAUGGCCGGAAACUCACAUGGGAAGGCACUCCACGAAGCAUAAGAGAUAGCCACAGAAGGGUUAGAGACAGCCACGAUGGCCUAAUCAUACAGCGUAAUAUGGCACUUUUCUUCUCCGGAGGGGAUAGAAAAGAGUUGAAGCUGCGAGUCACUGGACGGAUAUGGAAAGAACAGCAGAACCCUGAAGGCGGGGCCUGCAUUCCCAACCUAUGUAGUUAAAAUUUUAAGGCGUGGUCGGGAGUCUCCAUCUCACCCUGCCAACCCCCACAUCUAUUUACAAUACCAGCAUUUAUUAUUAUCAAAUGUAUGCAGGUGAUGUAGAGGAUUCAUGAACUAUGUACGAAUGCUAUAGGCUUAAGCCUUUUUCUCAAUUAACAAUAAGCUUCUUU